AUGAACUCGGAACAACGGGAUGAUCCAGCGGCGGCCAAUUCUACUGGGCAACUCACGGCAAAUACCUUGUCUUCGGCAUCGAAUGCAACUCACGGCCCUGAACGUUCAGUCGAAAGCCCUUGGUCGUGGCUUUUUACCCCGGAACUUCCCGAUGGGAACAAACUUUGGGCCUUGAUUGAAGAAUACUUCUCUCAUAUCCAUCCACUGCGAUGUUUUGGAUUUGUACAUAAGCCAUCAUUCAUGCAAAGAAUAGAUGAGGAUGCUGUAUCCUUCCGUGACGAAGAAUCGUUGCUCCACGUGAUCUGUGCGCUUGGUGCGAAAUUUAUCGCUUUGAAUUAUGCACCUCAGCUGUCCCCCGAGCAUAUACUGACCGCGGGGAAUCAAUGGGCCAAGAUCGCGAAGGCUCGAAUAUUUGUCGACUUAGAUGACCUUUCAAUUGAAAAGUUAAUGACAGCAAUACUUCUCUACGACCACGAUCUUCGGAUCGGAAGCUAUGCGAGCGCUUUCAUGCUGAGCGGGAUGACCGCCCGAAUGUCACAAGCAUUGCAGUUAAACCUAGAAAGCUCCGCCGAUCUGCUUUGUUCAAAGUCAGAAUCAUCACCCGUCGUCAAUGAAGCACGACGUCGUUUAAUGUGGAGCUGCUAUGUCAUGGACAGUUGGGUAGGCAGUGGCGUUAAUCAACUCACUCUGCUUGAAGAUCGAGAUGUCAAAAUCCAGCUGCCAUGCCAUAGUCAUAACUUUACCCUGGGUAUUCCCUGUAUCACAGAAACACUUGACGCUGGCAAGGUCCUGAAUUUUGUUCCCGAGAAUGAGAUUCCCCCAGACCCGUCUCAAAAUAUGGGAAUAGAGUCAUACUUCAUUCGUCUUGUGAGCAGUCGGAAGAAGGUAUUGCGAUAUGUCAAGCAUUUAGAUACCUCAGACCCUCCUUGGCAAGCUGGCUCCGAAUUUCUAUUACUAUCAGCCGAAUUUGACACAUGGCGGCGAUCACUUCCGCAAAGCUUGAUGUGGAGUCCGGGCGCCAUCUAUGCCCGUAAAGAAUCAUCUCAACUUGGCGCGUUGGCACUACUUUGGUGUACUUUUCAUCAAACAUUGGUUGAUCUAUACCGUAUCGGCAUGCCAAUCUUAUUCCGAAUCCAGAAAGACAUCGAUUUCCCACCCGAACAACAAGAAUUUCUGGAUAACUGCCGGAGGGCUUGCUUCGAUAAUGCCCGGGAGGUGUCUACCAUCAUAUCUGAGGCACUGAGACACGGAAUCAAAGUCCUCGCGGAUACUUGGCUCUGCAUCAUUGCGCAUGACAGCACCAAGGUCAUGCUUUACUACUUAAAGCUAAACGAACGCUUGCGCACACUAGAGCAGAGAGAAUUCGACAGCACAAUAGCUCUAGCGCAGCGAAACCUUGAAGGACUACUGCAAAUGAGACCUAUGGUUGCAACUGCCGAACAUUGUUACUUAUCUGUCCUCAAGAUGAUGAUUGCUGCUGGAAUUCAGCCGCAGCUAUCUCACAGUGCUAUUUCUGCUCCCCGAGCCCCCAAUGAAACCGAAACGGCACCCACCGCUCAAGGAUCUCCAAUGCAAGAAUCCCCAGAAAAUGUCCUCAACCCACUCGCUAUCUAUCGAAUGGCCCGAACGGCUUUGCACGAAAAAGGUGUACAAUCAUCUGCGUCGAAUUCCCCAUCUACCCAAAACACUGCUUCACCCGCGACAACACGUUCACGCCUUGGCCGGACUCGCCACCACGAUCAGCCAAGAGUCGAUGUUCCACACAUGCCUUCUCCAACCUCAGGCCAGACGCUCAAUGAAUUUCCCGGGUCUAAUAUCUACCAGGGCACGGAGAAUUUCUACCUCCCCCAACAUAGAGAGGACCCAUCGCUAGCAAUGGCGAACUUGGUACCCAUGGCCGCUGGUCUUGGUGGAACCUGGGACCCGGGCGAUUUAGCCGUCAUGGACAUACUAGAUGGAGGUAUCGCACCAUGGACCGCAGAAUAUCUGACAGAUGGUCAAUCUGGGGUAGAUCCAUUCCUCUUCCCGUUCUAA